AAACUUCUUUCAACGGUUGGCACCAUUGGUAUUUCAUGCUGUUAUAAGCUGCAUUGGUCUUUUGCUUCCGGUCAAUCAUGCCAUUCCAAAGGUUUGUUGAAUCCGGCCGCAUUGCCUACGUGAGCGACGGCCCCUAUCAGGGCAAACUCGUAGCAAUUGUAGAUGUCAUCGACCAAAAUCGGGUUUUGGUUGAUGGACCUUCAUCACAUGUACCACGUACUGGAAUGAGGUUAAAUCAGCUCCAUUUAACUAAAUUCCGUAUUCGUUUCCCAUAUACUGGAUCCACCCGUGUUGUACGCAAAGCAUGGGAAUCAGCAAACAUCGAUGAACUUUGGAAACAGACUAUGUGGGCAAGGAAGGUCGAAGCUAAGAAAAAGCGCUUGGAACUUAGUGACUUUGACCGUUUUAAGUUAAGAAAAGCCAGACAAAUUCGAAACAAGUUGAGGACUAACGUAUUUUACAGAUUAAAAAAGAAGGUAAAAGGAACCAAGUCUGCUGGUGCAAAAAAAGACGUUGAAAAGAAGUAAUUUUUUACCUUAUGAAAUAAAUACAAAUUUAUCUUAUAACA